CUUACCCUGUGGUCCUUAGAAGAGUCGGUCAGUGGGCCAGUGUCUGGGUAGGUCUACGUGGUGAGGAGUGGGACUUUUGUCGUGCACUUGACACCACGACGGAUGACUAUCCGAUGUAUGGGUUGCCCGUUGGGUUCUCCCUUUGGGAGACCCUAUGGCGUCUCCUCUUUCCUUUGGGCUUUUGGCCCACCUUCACGUGUAGAGUAGGGACUCGGGGUGGUACUUCCACCCAACCUUACACGAAGGAGGAGGAGGAGAAGAUGGCCGCCAUCCUGAGGGAAAGAAAGGAGAAGAAAGAGGCCAAGAAGAAGGCCCCACAGGAGGAGCAGGCGGCCAAAUUAAAAAAGAUGGCCUGGGAGAAAGAGAGACUGAAGAAAGAAGAAGAGAAGUUGAAGGAGGUGGAAGAGGAAGAGGAGGAAGAUGAAAUGCCACUGCAGAAGAAGAGAGUGCAGUACAGUGGCAGCAGAGACGAUGAGAUGGAGAAACGGAUUUCAGAGUGGGUCGCCAACUUAUCCUUAGGCGAAGAAGAAGAGGUGGCAAUGUAUAUCUCUAAGGACGACCAGGAAGCCGCCAUGAGAGUAUGGGAAGCAGAAGCAGAUGUUAUAGAUGAGAAGAGGAUGGAGUGGAAGUUGGCGGUGAUAAGGGAGAAGAAGAGGAGAGUAGACGCGGAAGCGGAGGCGGCAGAAGAAUUAGAAGAGGUACAAAAGAUAGAAGAGCAAUUAGCCGCCCAGACUGAACUCCCAAAGAAAAUGGAGGUCAUAGCCAAAAACGUUGCACGCUUAGCACGAAUCCAGGCCGAGCAGUAUGACUUUAGUAGGAGUCAACAUAUAGCGGUACGUUCGAUACGGUUGGGAUUCUGGGACUUUGCUCGCGAGUUGGUGGGUGCUGUAGGAGCCGAGGUGGGUCACCGCCUCGACAAGACUGAGCGGUUUUGCGCUGGCGCCAUUAAAGGCGUCAAGGCGGCAGCUCCCAAGGAGGAGGAAGCACGUCCUCCUCGCCGGGAGCCGAUCAAGGUCAAAUUCCCUGAUUCCUAUAGUGGAAAACGGGAAGAGAACUUUGACAAUUGGGAGGCCAAUGUCAAGACCUAUGUGCAUCUGCAACAGGUCUCCCCGGAUCAGCACGUUCUGAUUGCGAUCCAUGCGCUUAGAGAUGAGGCCGCCAGCUUUGCGAGUGACCCUACCAUUAGGCCAUGUGGGGAACAUAGCGCUAGCCGGCAAGAGACACCAACACCGCAUGUGCCUAUGGCAGAGGUUGCAGGCCGGUGUCUAGACAGUUGUCCCGAAACUGCUUGUGUUAGAGUUUCGCUAGACACCUCCCUCACAGGCGUGGCUGAUGAAUUGAAGGAGAGGAUGCCCGCCUGGGCCAAGAUGAAGAAGGAGAACAAAGGGCAGCUUAUAUUACUAGAUGCAGAGAUUUUUAGAGGUAGAAUAGGGGCCCUAGUAGACUCAGGGGCCACCCGCAGCUAUAUUAGUAAGAAAACGCUGCAGAAAUUGAAGUUGGGACUUAAAAUCCAGAAACUAACAGACCCCAUAGUUAGUAUCCUCGCGGACAAUCGUACUAUGGUUGUAGAGGAUUACGUAGAGGGAAUCCAGGCGUAUUUCCGCCUAGAGAAAGAUGGGAAAGUGGAGAAGGUUCUCCACUCCCUGACUCUCCUCGUAGAAGACAGCCUCCCAUUUGAUAUUGUUCUUGGRAUGGAUUGGGGAGAGGCAGCCGGAGCCACGCUCCAUUUGAAGGAGCACGAGUGUAGGCUCCCUAGUUCUUCAGGCGAGGCCAAGACUGCCCGCCUGUUCCAUGUGUUAGGAAUAGAGAAUCCCUUGGCACAUUGCUGCCUUAGUGCUCCUGCGUUCGCCAGAUUAGUGAAAAAGGAGAAAUUGGAGGAACAUGUUUUUGUUGCCUAUGUUAGGCCAAUGACUGAGCCUACGGACGAAAAGUCGAUGGACCCUGCGAUUGCCAAGCUGCUGGAAGAGUUCAAGGACCUAACUGAGCCGCCGAUAGGAGUGGUACCGCGGCCCAUCCAGCACCGCAUUGAGAUAGAGCCUGGCAGUAGAACUCCUAAGGGCRYUGUGUAUAGGAUGUCCCCACGGGAGYUAGAGGAGYUUCRCAAGCAAUUAGACGAGCUCCUCGAAAAGGGUUGGAUUAGGCCCAGUUCGUCUCCUUUUGGAGCGCCUGUUCUCUUUGUUCCCAAGAAAGAGGGAGAGCUGAGGAUGUGCAUAGACUAUAGGGGUCUGAAUGCUAUUACAGAAGUUCGUGAGGAACUUCUCCACCGUCACUGCACCCUUCGCAAAUUGUUGAGGAAAGAGACCAUCUGGAAGUGGGACAAGGACUGCACGUCUGCCAUGAAGAAGUUAAAGCAGGCAUUGAUAGAGUACCCAGUCCUUAAGGUAGUCGAUCCGUCCUUGCCCUUUGUCGUCACUACGGACGCUAGUCAGUACGGCAUAGGUGUCGUGUUACAGCAAGACGAUGGCAAUGGUUAUAGACCCGUAGAGUUCAUGUCCGCCAUGAUGCCUUCAGAGAAGGUCGCGACAUCUACCUAUGAGAGGGAACUCUACGCUCUCACGCAAGCCUUAGAACACUGGAAGCACUACUUGCUUGGGAGGCACUUCAAAGUCUAUUCCGAUCAUGAGACAUUAAGAUGGUUAAAGACUCAGGCCAAGAUGACACCUAAGCUUACUAGGUGGGCAGCAGAGAUAGAUCAGUACGACUUUGAGCUCAAGCCAGUCAAGGGGAAGUAUAACGUAGUUGCGGAUGCUCUGAGUAGGAGAGCUGAUUACUUUGGGGCAAUAGUGCAUUACUUAGACAUAGGGAAGGACCUGCAGCAGAAGAUUAGAGAAGCCUAUGCACAGGACCCUAUCUAUAGUGACCUCCUCAAGAAGGUCAAGGAGGCCCCAGAGACUGAGCCAAACUACCGCACUACGGGAGGGUUGCUUUUUGAGAAGACUAAUGUAUUUGACCGCCUGUGCAUUCCCAAUAGUGAAGAGAUCCGUAGUCUGAUUUUGGGAGAAUGCCACGACACAGAGGGUCAUUUUGGUUGGCAGAAAACUUUAGCCAAUCUGAUGCGCGCAUAUACCUGGCCAGGAAUGAAGAAUGACUGCAUGGAGUAUGUUCGCAGUUGUAAAGUCUGCCAACGUAACAAGACUUCUACGCGUGCCCCGUUAGGUCUUCUCAGACCCUUACCCAUUCCGGAUCAGCCGAGAGACUCAAUGUCCGUAGACUUCAUGGACACUCAGGUCAAGAGCAGGCAUGGCAAGAGCCAAGUCAUGGUCAUAGUUGACCGCUUUAGCAAGUCGCAUGAUAUGGGCUGCGAGGGAUGGGCUGGGAGUGGGAGUGGGAGUGGGAUGGGGAUGGGGAUGGGAUGGGAUGGGAUGGGAUCGCGAUUGGGAUUGGGAUUGGCAUUGGCAUUCGGGUGGGACGGGGAUGGGAUUGGGAUGGGAUGGGGAUGGGAUAGGGAUGGGAUUGGAAUUGGGAUUGGCAUUGCGAUUGGGAUUGGGAUUGGGAUACAAUGGAAUCGGGUUGGGAGGGGUGGGGAGGGGAGGGCGAAGAGAAAACCUAUGGGCAGGAGAGGAUGUAGAGUAUUGUUCAGUAAGAUAGGCCGAAGAAAACAGCGACCGCUGACUGCGGAUGACUCAUGAGCUGGAUAAAGAAAGAAGAGAGAC